GGCAGCACCAUCACCCCACGGCACCAAGGCUUUAGCUCUUUCCUUGAUGGUCGAUACCUCUAUCCUCACGUUAGACCUAAGUGACAACUGGCUGCAGGGAGAAGGGGCGGCUGCAAUUGCGGAGAUGCUGAAAGAAAACUGCUACAUUUCAGCUGUUGAUUUAUCUGACAACAAAUUAGGUGUUGAAGGAGCUAAGGCCUUUUCUGCUAUGCUUCUAGAAAAUACUACAAUUGUGUCCCUCCAGCUCUCAGGAAAUGAAUUUGAUGAUCAUGCAGCGAAGUAUUUAGCAGAUGCCAUCACAGCAAACAGCAAAGUGGAAAUUCUGGAUCUGAGUUACAACAUGUUUGGUGACAAAGCAGGUGAAAUUCUUGGAACGGCGAUCGCAGAAAACAUUGGAUUAAAGGAACUUAAAAUCAGCUGGAACCAUUUCCAUAGCCAAGGGGCAGCUGCCUUGGCCAAAGGCUUGGGGGCAAACAUAUUCCUCAAAGUGCUGGAUGUUUCCUACAAUGGCUUUGGCAACAGCGGAGCAGCUGCCUUGGGGGAGGCUCUUAAAGCCAACAGUGUGCUGGAGGAGCUCAACGUUAGCAACAACCGUAUUUUGGUGGAAGGAGCUCUGCACAUUGCAGCUGGCCUGAAAGAAAACAAGACUCUGAAAAGGCUUAACAUGACCAGAAAUCCCAUGCAGAGUGAAGGCUGCUGUGGGGUCCUCAAAGCUCUACAAGCAAAUUCUGACACUGGCGUAGAGAUCCUGGACUUGCCAGACAUCCCUGUGAACAAAGAGCUUGCAGAGCUGUGUGAUGCUGUGAAAAUACUCUUCCCAAAUCUUCUUCUCAGAAAUGGUGGAAACACGAAGUUGCAGAGGAGAAGUCAGUCGAAGGCUGAGCUUCAGACUCAGCCCAAAGUGGUGGGUAAUUCCCAGAAUGCAGCGGCUUAACACGAGUCUCUCUGGGGCUGCUUCUUCAGCACCUCUGCCUGACACCCCAGUACCACUCGCCAGGCCUGUGACACAAGGAUGUGCCAGGGCAGUGCUAAGGCAGGAUCUGUGCAAAUACUGGCUACUUCAUCGUUGCUGACACUUGGAAGUUUUUCUGUCUUUUCGCUUUAAGAUUUCUGCUGCCACCAGCUCUGAGUCUCUUCCAGCACAUGCAAGAGCAUCCUCAUGGAUGAGAGUCCAGGGCCUCCUUUUUAAUUAUCACCUUUGUGUGUAGGGACAUUCGUCUGGUGGAACAUCAUGUGCUUUAGCUGCUGCUGGCGCUUGGAUCCAUGUCCCGCUGCAGUGGGGUCUGUGCAGCCUGAGAGCGCCCUUAUUAUGUAGGAAGCAAAGUCCUGUCGAACAAAUGCUUUCUGCCUUAGGCUUGUUGUCCUGUUACACAGCCGGGAUUGCCUUUGCUGAAUUGGCUGUCAGAUGCACUGGUGACUCGUUUUCAGCUGCUUCCUACCACAGUUCCUUAGCCUUAGAUGGAGCCCAUGCUCUCCGUAGAGCCCCUCUCCUGGUCAUGACUGGCAUCAUUUCCUGGAUGCAUGCUCUUGCUUUUGUCAGUGUUACAUAGGAUGGAUGCUACAAGUUGCCUGGAAAUAGGACAGGCGCUCAGUGGUAGCUCAGCAAUGACAACAGCACGUGGGCCGUAACUCUCUUCCCCGCUCUGGGAUGUUUUCUGUGAUCCCCGUAUAUUCCAUUGGAUCCUGGCUACACUCUCUGGGACACCAGAGCACUGUGAUUCAGGGAGGGGGGGAAUUGUGAGCUCCUUGAGGAUCAUUGGGCAGGAAUCAUGUCUGUGCUCUAAGCAGCCUGGCUUAACUCCCCCUCUCCUGGUCUCUGUGAAGAAGUGGUUUCUUGCAGCAGCUUCUUGCAGUUCGGGAGAGGGGCUGAGGAUGGUCACACAAACAGCUCUGGAUGUCUGGCUUGGGCUGGAGGCCCAGGCAGCUCUGCCCCGCAGUCAGCGGGCAGCAAACCCCAGCGGUGUUGCAGUGCUGCCUUAACCUAGUUGUGGCUAUACACAAAUAAUUGCCUUUCAUUCCCUGAAGGUCGGCAGGCAUCGUUUGUAAAGUGUGUGCAACAAUCUUGGCUUUAUCCGUGGCUCCAGCUAGGCGAGCCCCGUCUGUCCCCAGGCAUGUCAGCGUGCGCUGGUUUUGAUUUCCUCUUUCACUGACACACCAACUGACGAGGUCUGGGGACAUCCAGGCAGUGCUCUCCUGUAUGGCAGUGGUGACACCUCUCUGAGAAGGCAGCUUGCAAAGGCGGGGGCCAAAAUUCAAGAUGGAUUCUGCCAGUCUUCUUCCAGAGUAGCUGGCUGGUGCCCUGUGUUUUCCUUAUGCUUUUUUGCCUAGAACAGAAGCAUUAUAAUCCCCUUGCUCACUUUUGUAUUUCAUUUACCUAAUAAAUGUGCCUACCAGUGAAAUUGCACUUGGUGUUAGUUCUCAGCGGAAGAUGAGGUUUAGCCUCUUUAUUUGAAAAUAAGUCUACGCAGUUAUGAUUUACCUAAUGGAGUCUGUCCUAUAAAUGUGCAAAUUAUUUUACAGUUAUGUGUCUAAUAAAUAACGUCUGUGCCUUGGACUCACACCUGUCUAUUCACACCAUUUGGAGAGG